AUCCGUUUAUUCAGCUCUGCCAUUGUGAAAAACAUGGAGAAGCAUGAAGUGGUUCCCGAUGUAAUUCCGGUGGCUCCGGCCGCAGUGGCCAAAGUCUCAUACCCCAGCGGAGCCGUCGUCGAAGAGGGCAAUGUUCUGACACCGACGCAGGUUAAGGACGUUCCGAAGGUUGAGUGGAAUGCGGAGGCCAACGCGCUAUACACCAUUGGUAUGACCGAUCCGGAUGCCCCGAGCCGCAAGGAACCAAAGUUCCGCGAAUGGCACCAUUGGCUGGUCGGCAAUAUUCCUGGCAAUGACAUUGCCAAGGGGGAAACCCUUUCGGCGUAUGUCGGAUCGGGGCCGCCGUUCGGCACUGGACUUCAUCGAUACGUGUUUUUGGUGUACAAACAGAACGGCAAGCUAACGUUCGACGAAAUCCGGCUGCAUUGA